AUGUUGAACUGUCAAUUAAAUAGAACGACAAACUCUACUCAAUCCACGACAAGACCGCCAGCUGCCGAGCCAGUUCCUGAUUGGAGUAAAGCGAGAGAGUAUUGGAACAUCGCUUGGGAGUUCCAUUGGGCUGGAUUGGGGGCUCUCUUCAGUGUCUUAGCAGUGCGUUCUUUUCUCGUUCUAGUGCAAGUUCGAACCAGGCAGGGAUUUGGCAGAAAACCCUUGUUUAUAGCCAUAAACCUUUUGCUUUUUACUUUGGGAGCAACGCGAGCUUUGUUUCUAUUUCUUGACCCAUACUCGUCGGCGACCAAUAAUAUUGAAAUCCCAGGCUGGAUAACGACUUUGGUUUUCGACUUAGCCUAUCCUUGUUUGACAUCUUCGUUCUGCUUGAUUCACUUGGCUUUUAUUGAAGUGGCAAGGAUACAGGUUGGGCCCAAUAAGCUCCACGAUCUACGCUUUCUAGGUAGUAUCAUUGCAAUUCACUUUGCAAUCAUCAUAAUUGUAGACACAACAACUGCCAUCAAACCCGAUUUCUUGCCAUUACUUCCGCUUGUUUGCCAGUUAUUUUUCAUCCUCUGGAGCCUUCUAUUGUCCGCAAGCUUUAUCUACAGCGGUUUGAAAGUCAUUUGUCAAGCCAUGGUAGUUCAACACCAACUCGAAAGAAUCGAACUUGGAAACAGCGCCAGAAGAGCAAUUCAGCAAAGACCAAGAAAAAUAUCAAAAGUUGCUAAAGUCACUCUCGCAACAAGUGUUUUGGCAUUUGUUAGUUGUGGACUGCAAAUUUAUUCAUUGAUCGUUGUCUAUGGAAUGCAUGGUAAAAACGGCUGUCCGCCUUCUCCUUGGCCAUGGCUGGUGUUUCAAACGUGUUUUCGGUUGGUUGAAUUCUGUAUGGCUUGUACAAUAGCCUACAGUGUGAUGCAACCUUCGAAGCCGCAAAACAUGGACAAUGGCGGAGACAAUAGACGUUGACAGUCUGUUACUAUCCGUGGUCCACCAUGACAAAUUCCAACUUCCGCAGUUAAGCAGACAGUAAACUUGUAGAGGCGCACUUUUGGCUGAACUAGAUAGCAUUUGCAUUAAAGCAGCAAGUUUUAAUAUUUUUUGAAAACCUAAUAACAUGGGUUAACACUGGUAGGAUUACGACAGAAUACAGGUAAAUUUAUUACUAAUUAAAAGCAAAUUUGUACUGCAUUUGUCUUCCUUGAUUUCCUUUAUUCAAAUCUCAAAGACUAAACAAAGCACUCGAUAGCAGAGAUAACUUUUCCAAUGACAUCACGAGAUCAACUUUCCAAUUAGCGUCUCUGAAGCGUCACUAAAAGUCUCAAAGAAAGUGAUUACUUUGACUGACAACAGACAUCUCAGACAAUACACAUGAUAACCAAUCUUACUUCCGAGCGAUUUGCUUCUGAUUUGAGGCAGUGGAAAUUGCGCCGAUAUUCUGACUAGCUGAUAUACUUUCAAUUCUAAGCCGUUCCCUAACUAAGCCUGUGAGCGAGAUUUCAACUUUUCCUCAACCAUUCAGUUGUGAUAAAAGGCGGAAAUUUCAGUUAAUUAUACUGCUAAUUAUUCAACCAAAACGCUUAAGGAAAAAGACAGAACUAACAGUCGAAAUAAAUGCUACGAUCUAUAUCUUAAAUGACUUGCUGUUGAAAACUACUUGAGAUGUAAGAUCACGGUUGAAAACAAACUUUAUUCAUUGCGUGUUUAUCUCUCGAUCCGAUAUUGCCGGACUGGAUGCUUCCGCCCAAGUAGAAAUAAGGAAUAAGAGAUGAACAAGGGAUGAGCAAUAUCGUACAUCGGGAAGUAGAAAUUUUCAUGACUGUUAUAACAGAAGUUUUUUUUAAUUGGGAAUCUUUCAGUCACUCUUAAAACCAUUCAAGAUCGACAUUCAAGCCAUUGAAGACUGAGAAGACUAUAGCUCGCUGGUUUGGACCCGAGGUAAUUCGCCUAGAAAUUCAGAUUUUUUUAAUUGACGUUUUAAGAACCACGGACACCACCCUAACGGAGCUUCGUUUGCUAGGUCGUUGCGUGCAGGUGACCUCUGAUCUCGGAUCCAUUAAAAAACCAUUAGCUGAUUUCUAUUUCUCUUUCUACUGUGCCAAAUCGAAUUGUUCAUUGAUCGGCUUGUAAUAGGGGAGGUUUUGAAAUCACAGCUUUUCCGUGUAAAUUUUGAAGUUUAGUUUCAGCGAAAUGUUAUCUCACUAUCCCGGCCAGUUUUGCGUGUAAUUACAUUCUUACAAAUAGAACGCCAUUUGCUAAGGAAACAAAAAAAAAAUACGGUUUUUGAACUUUUGUUUUGCUUGAAAAGUACCGCAAGCGAUAAGUCUGAUUAAUAUUUUGGCUUGUUUUAGAUUUGCUUUUAAAUUAUCUGGACACUUAACGAAGACAUAUUUGCUAAACGACUCAUAAAUGACAACUGAAAACAAAGUGACAUCAUAUUGGCAUUAAUCUUACCAUUUGCCAUCAGGCCUAUUAAAUUUAGUCAGCGAGUCUUGAAGUGCGGUAUUUCUCAUUUGUGGUGCAAGUUUGCACCACCGACCAGGCGAUAACUAGGUUGUUUUAUAACCUCGAGGGCUUUGCAAAACGUUAUAGAAACCGACGAGGAAACGUCUGGAAUAAUAUUUGUGUCUGGGGUAAGCUUACUUCCUUAAGUAAUCGAAUUUGUUCAAAUUUAAAUGCUUUACUUUUUUUGCACAAUCGACCCUAGGUUCGUCUUUCAAAUCCUGACUGCAACUGCGAAUCAAGGAAUUCGUACCGCAUGGUUAGGGUUUAUAAUUUGUGCUUUUCUAUAAUUUAUCUGUGGCUUAAGUGACAGCAAGUGACAGUACCAUGUUAUAUCGUUUGUGAAAAGCGCAGUAACCACAAAGGACUGCAAAGGACCGCAAACGAAUAUGCCGAAAAACGUAGGAUCUAUAAAGACCUGAUCAGAAAAAUGACAAGUAGACAUAUUAGUCAUAUUAAAUUCUGCAAGCAGAAUACUGCAAUGCUGAUCGUAGUUGCUAUCCCAUUAAUGGACAGUUUUCUAUAAAGCAUAAAAAAGAAAGAAAUGGAACAGUUCUUCUUCCAUCAGAACGUAAAAAAGAGGCUGGAAUCAUUGGGUAACAUUGUAAAUUUUUUCUUUAUCUGACUUCAAGUUGCCAGCCAGAAAACCGAGUUCAUCGUAGUUCAAAUACGGUUAACCAUCAUCGUAACGGAAAUUAAAAUAAAUUACACCUUAUCAUUACGAAUUCAGGGUGAAAUACUCAUUCAUUUAAUGGAUAGGUGUAAUUUGAUAUUCUUUCAGGUUUUUGCAUGUGUUAGUGGUAAUUAAAGAAACUUCUGAAUCGAACUUUGCUACGUCAAAUAAGUGCAGAUAAUUUCGCCCAGGUUUUCAUCGCAUGUUGUGAUAAGACGACUGUCCCUGAGGAUUCAGUCUUUCGUGUACGUUGGCGGUACCUAAUUAAAAUGGCCAAAGAAAGAAACCACAAAUAACACAUUACAAAAUCACAGCAGUUUUUAGAUGGAUGGCCAAGCACUCAAUCUAGGAUCCCUGCAAACAGUUUGCUUAUUAUAAAUUAUUUCGAGAAGAAAGCGUUAGAAGCUAACUGCAAAAUGAGCAAAAUGACUCUGUUCUCACGAUCCCUAACAAUGCCUUUUCAGUUGUGUAACAGUGCGUAAUUCAAAGGCUGGAGGAGAAAAUGCCUUAAAAAUAGACAAGAAAAUCACUAGGAUUGAGCUGAAGCUAUUUCUAAUGAAUUUUUGUGAACAUUUUGCAAGGAAGGCCUAGACAGGCUAUGAAUAAGGCAAAUUCAUAAUAAUUUACUCUUUUUCUAAAUUAUUUGCAAUUCGCAUAUUUAUUUUCGACAAAAAAGGAUUGAUGUUAGAACAAAAUUCUAAUCUAUUACAAUCUAAUCUCAAGGUGAAAAACUCCAACUGUCUUUUGUAUACAAAAGACUCACGUACUUCUUUUGGUUGUCUAGGAGACAAAGGACAGCUGAACUUACCUUGUAUUUGUUCUCGCUAUAAUCACGUUAAAACGUAUUAUUUUAUUUCAUUUUAUUGUUUUCAUCGUGAGAUUUCCACCCUCGACUAGAUCUCUCUUAGGACAGAGAUACUGUUUGAUUUGGGAAACUUUUCACUCGAAGAAAGGACAAAAGAGUGAUGUUUAAUUAUUAGCAAUUUGAUUUUUAGCAUCUGCCUCUUUUAAAGGCGUGGGCGCACUGAAACGUUUUUCAAUAAUUUAAAACGCAACAGAGUUUUUCCUUCUUAGAGAGGGCCAAAUUUGUUUUCAGGAAAUUCUCCUAUCGCUCACUCAAGAUUGCAACAAGAUAACCUUCAAAAUAUAGGGGGAAGUGCGCAUUUUGUGACCUAUUAAAUGAACGUCUUUUGAACUUCUACUGCAUUUAAAGAGGCAAGUAUAUUGGUAUUUUAUGUGAUAUUGUAAAUAUUAUCAUCUUCGCUAAAAGCGCUACAGGCAGUGAUCUGCUAAAUACGUAAGCAAGUCAGCAGGAGAACAUUAACAAGUUUUGAAAAAAAAAGUUGUCAUAAUGGACUAAACACAUAAUUUAAUUUUUCUCGUCUAGCGAACUUUACGUUCGGUCGUGGGUAGUAAUUUUUCCUGUGCAAUGCACCUUUAAUUCGGUAAAUAUCAACUGGCAUUGUUACAGUGUAGUUACAAUUGGUAAACUAAUGAAUAUGAAAAAGUAUCAGUACAUCACGUUUUCUGUUGGAGAUUUACUAUUAUGCAUCAUGCCAGUGGGAAAAUCUCAAUAUUUGCUUUGGCACUCCUUUAUACAAGUUUAGCUGCGGAAAUUUUGUCUCAACCAUUCACUUUGGCACUGCAUUUCCCGAGUGCAAAAUGUUUGAUUCCUUGAGGAAAGGGUUCCGCUGAGUCAUUUUUUGUUCCCGCGUGAGUGCCUUAUUCGCUAUUUACACUGGCAAUACUCCAAGCCAUUUCCUCUGUUCCAUCUCAUUAUCUUCACGUGACGGUGGAAAAAUAAAUAUAUGUUCCUUGCGUGCACUGGUCAGGUGUCAUUAAUUGUUAAGGAACUGAAUCGUGGCAGGUAAGUCUGAAACUGACUCAAAAUAGAAACGUAACCUGAUAUUCUUUCGUCUUUCCCGUGAACCCAAUUUAUUAAACCUAACGUUAAAUUAAAAUGGUUUAGCCCUUUCAGUGGUGUGCAUUAAGCGGAGUUAAUAACUGGUAACUCUAUUUUCGCUGGUUUUGAUCACCCGCUUGAUUUAUAUGACCGUUCCAAUUUUAAGUUUUCUUCAUGGACAAUUUAUAUGAAGUUUUGAUUUCCCAUUUUUUCAUUUGGUUUUUGGGAGAAAUUCCCAUAUGAGUGGCGAAACACCCAAGACAUGCCGUUUUCGUACGUCAUUCCGCAAAACGGUGGAUGAUGCAGAUUAGCAGAUUGCCUAUUGCAAACAGUCAAAUGGCUUACUUUAUAUAAUGUGUUAGUAGAAGGUCAUUUCCAUCCUCCCACUUGGUAUAUGCAUGUAUUAUUCACGAGUGCUGAAAUUUUGCAAUAACUGGCAAUUUUUUUGAUGAAUCGAAGCGCAGCCUUAAAAUAAAUCAGGGACUUCUAUUAAGGCGAAAAGUCGUAAAUGGUUGGCGCAGGGUAUGUACUUCGGUCCCAAAAAUGGAAAAUGGCAGAACCGCAGGUAGAAUUUGCAGUUUGAGUUAAGUUCCAGUUUAUUCACACCUAAUAUAAAAUUUACAUUGAGCGUAUAGGCAUAAAAUAACAAAAGUACAAAAGACAGAGGUAAAUGGUUUGAGGGAAGUGUGCAGUGGUCUUCGAGCUAACCACCGCUAUAAAUCGAAAUAUGUCGCGUACUAGUUGCCAUGGCAGCUGUAUGGAGUUAUGUUAUACAUGUUACUCUUGAGAGUCUAACAGAAUUCACUUGUAUUGUUUUCAGAACUGGUAGUAGCUGAGUGUUGUUAUGCUAAUAGAAAUCUCCGAGCUCAUAAUUUGGUUAUGGCAAGCUUAUAAAUACAGCUAAGCUGAGAAGAUGUUUCAAUUCUUCAUGUAUAGUUUUUUCACGGCCCUUUAGAUUAGUGGAUGAGUAAAAGGUGAUGUGAUCAGAAUGAUUUGGGGAUAUACUGAGCGUUUUCCACGCAUUUACAUUUAUGCAGCGUAGAUUUUCGAUUGAGCGUUGAUGCGGUCAAUUCUCGCUAUCUUCUGUUUUGUAUCACUUGUCUGUGCUAUGAGUUUGUCUUCACGCAGAAAUAUUAAAUCCAAGACGAGUCCUAAAUUUCUUAAGUGCAGGCAUUUUCACCGAGUAAGAUGAUUUGGAUUUUCUGUGGGAAUUGGCUUAUUUUAUCUUAUAUUACAUGUUUAAUCUACAGAAAAAUGACGCAGAGUUUAGAGGACAUGACACAGGUGUCAAGCAUCCCAACUGACUUGCCCACCGAAGCUUUAGCCGAACCGGGCCCUGAUUGGCCAGUCGCAAAGAAAAUCUGGGGAUUCGCAUGGCAACUGCACUGGAUUGGCUUCGGUAUUCUCUUCGGCUUUCUGGCAGUUCACUGUCUGGUUGCUAUAGUGAUGGUAAAUAUCAGGAAAGGAUUUUGCCGUAAACCUUUGUUUCUUGCCAUCAACUCCCUUCUUUUCAUCCUUGGGACUACGAGAGCGGUAUACAUGCUGUUGGAUCCAUACGAGUCCAGAGAAAAUGGUGUUAAGGAUCCCGAAUGGCUGACGCUGCUACUUUUUGGCAUCGCCUUUCCGUGUUUAACCUCAGCGUUUUGUCUGAUUCACCUGGCGUUUCUGGAGGUCACCAAGAUUAAAAUUGGCCCAAGCAGGUUGCAGAAUGUCAAGUUUUUGUCUGCAAUCAUUAUAGUCCAUUUUGUUAUCGUCUUCACCGCGGAAUCUACGGCAUCAAUCAAACCUGAACUAGACGCCCUCUUGAUCGUUUGCCAGUCUUUUUUUAUUCUCUGGGGUUUGCUUCUUUCUGGCAGUUUCAUUUACAGUGGAUGUAAAGUGAUAAAACAAGUAGAUAAAGUUCACGAGCAGCUCAAAGCCAUUGAGAAAAACGAGCGUCUACGAAGUAAACCGAAAAAGAAGUCUUCCACAACCAAAGUUGCCAAAGUUACUCUUGCAAGCAGUUUCCUGGGGUUUGCUGUGUGCGGUUUGCAGUUCUACUCCAUGAUUGGCGUGUAUGGUAUGUACAGCAAAGAAGUUCAUCCCUCGCCUUGGCCAUGGUUGGCUUUUCAAUCGUCCUUUCGUCUCGUGGAGCUUGCCAUGGCGUGCACCAUUGUCUACAGUGUGAUGCAGCCAGGCGAACGAGGAAAGAACUCCAAAAGA